AUGUCUGUUAAGGCACCAAGACCUACAAAUAGACAACCACUAAUAACGAAUCCACUACCUAAUUCUCAAUUUACAUUUAAAGAUCUAAAGAAUUUAAAUGAUCCACAAAUUUCAUAUUUACUGCCCUUAUCAGUAAUUUCAUUAAUUGAUUUAAAUGCAUUUUAUGCACAAGUUGAAACAGUUAGAUUAGGAUUAUCAGAUGAAGAUCCCGUAGUAUGUCAACAAUGGCAAUCAAUAAUUGCUGUAAGUUAUGCAGCAAGAAAAUAUGGUAUAAGUAGAUUAGAUACUGUUCUGUCAGCAUUAGCAAAAUGUCCUAAUUUGAUUUGUGCACAUGCAGGAGCUUAUAAAAAGGGAAAUAGUCAUUGGGCAUAUUAUGAAGAAAAUCCAAGUCCUGUUGAUCACAAAGUUAGUUUGGAUACUUAUAGAAGAGAAAGUAGAAAGAUUUUAAGAAUUAUUCAACAACAUUUUGAUUUAGUUGAUAAAGCAAGUGUUGAUGAAAGCUAUGUUGAUUUAGGUAGACUGAUUUUUGAAAUUAUGUUAGAAAAAUUCCCAAUAUUAAACGAGUACAAUAAUGAUGACAGAAUUGAUAGUAUAAUGCCAAGAAUUCCUGACAUACUACCAAUAGAAUUACAAUGGGAAGGAUAUAUAGCUGAAUCAGAAUCAGAAAUGAGUAAUGUAAAUCCAGAUGAUUCUAAAUCAAAACCAUCAAAACCAAUAAUUCAAGACUGGGAUGAUAUAACACUACUCAUUGGAUCACAAUUAUUAUUGACACUACGACAAUCAAUUUUUAAAGAAUUAGGAUACACAACAUCAGCAGGAUUAGCAAGAAAUAAAUUAGUUGCUAAAUUAGCUGGUGGCUUUAAAAAACCAGAUGAUCAAACUAUAAUAAGAAAUUGUUCCAUAAAUAGAUUUUUAAAUAACUUUGAAUUAACUGAUAUAACUGGAUUAGGUGGAAAAUUAGGUGAUUCUUUAAUUAAUAAAUUUGAAGUACCACCAGAAAGAAAUUCUAUAGCAUAUAUUAGAGAAAAUUACGAUUUAACUGCUAUAAAACAAGAAAUGAAAGAUGAUUUAGAUUUGGCUAAUAAAUUAUAUAAAAUAGUAAGAGGUUUGUAUCCUUCUGAAUUAAGUUAUAAAGUUGAUGUUAAAUCAAUGACAUCUACAAAAAAUUUUAGGGAUAAUUCACCUUGGUCAAUGAAUGAUGCUUAUGAAUGGUUGGUCGUAUACGCAGGUGACUUAACCAAUAGGAUACAGGAUUUAGACAACGAAUCAAUUGAAUUAUCAAACACAAGAUUAUCGAAAAGGGAUAAAGGUGUAUUAAAACGACCCAAAACUAUAACUAUUGGUGUAAGAUCAACAGCAUUUGUUCGACAAACGAGACAAAUGCCAUUACAAUUUCAUAAAGAUUUAAACAAAAUGAGAGAAACAAUUCAAGAGAGUGCUUUCCAAUUGCUAAGAGAAUAUAUGGAAAAUAAUACAAAUUUAUUAAAACUAAAUCCAAAUUAUAAAUCAAUAAAAGAUUUAUAUAAUGAUGAUCCUAAAAAAUGUAAAAUUAUGAAAAUGCAAAAUAUGUCAUUAACAGUUUCAAAUUUUAUUGCCCUUAAUGAUAAUUCAUUAAUUGAAACUUUUACCAAAAAGUCAUCAACAACUAAAAAUAAUCAAAAUGGAAAUUCUGAAUUAAUUGAAAUUAAUAAUCAAAUGAGGAAAAGAAAGUUAGAUAAAGAAACAACUAUCAUACCUGAAAAGAAACCUAAAACAUUAACUGAUAAAGAUAAACAAACUAUAUCAAGUUUGUUUGAAGAUUAUGAAAAGGGAAACAAUAAUAAUCAACCUCAAUCUUCUACAUUAAAAAUUAAACAUUCCCUUAAAAAGUCCCCUCCAUCAUCAUCAUUGGAUUUUUUCAGAACAUUAACCAAAAAGAAACCCACAAGUUUAUUAGAUGAAUUAAUUAAAACCAAGAAAUGUCCUAAAUGCAAUGAUCUUCAAAUUACUGAUCCAAUUGAACAUAAUGAUUAUCAUAUAGCUAUUGACUUAUCCUCUAAAUGGAAUAACUAA